AUGUCGGCCAUGAUCAGAGCAUCCCGCGCUGCCGCCACUCCCGGUAAGGCGCGCCGGACCCGCUCGUUCAGUCUCAGCGACGAGUCCACGACCGGAUACGGUUCGGAUGAUGCUGGUUGCCGCCUGUCUGCUGCCAGCAUGGACGAUUCUCCUCAUCGUGUUCGCUUCUCUCCUAUCACCCAGGAGUUCGGCAAGAUGAGCAUCGCUUCCAGCGAUGUCUCCAGCUGCUCGGACCGUGAUCUUGAUUCGGUUCCUUUCGAGCUUGGCGAUCGGCCCAGCGGUGAUGUCUUUGAGACCUCUCCCCUGAAGACCGCUCUCAAGCCCAACAAGGAUGCCACCUUUGGUAUGGCACCCAAGACACCCAUCAGGGACAUUGAGGAGCGCCGUCAGCUGCGUUCCGUGACCGCUGGAAACGCUCUUAUGCCGGUCACUCCGUACCGCACGGGCCACGAGAUCAGCGGUGUUGACCCCCAGGGUCUUUACCCGCCCAGUGCUUGCGUUUUCGUCGCCAAUCUCCCUGAGGGCAAGGACGAUCGCGCCCUCGAGGCGGCCGUCACGCGUGAGUUCAGUCGGUUCGGCACUGUUUUCGUCAAGAUCCGCCGCGAGGGUAGGGGCACCAGUACCGGCAUGCCCUAUGCUUUUGCCCAGUACACCAACGACGAGGAUGCCAAGACGGCUGUGGAACAGGGUAGAGGUAUUGUGAUCCUUGGUCGCCCUUGCCGCACCGAGAAGGUUAAGGCAAACCGCACCUUCGUGAUGUACAGUCGCCGCGGUGACGACAUCACCACCGACAUCGCUCGUGAGAUUCUCGAGCCGUAUGGUGAGCUCAGCAAGUGCGAGCCUUUGAGCCUUCAGAUGCAGCAGGCCAUGAACAUUCCCUCGGCUGUCCUGGUCGAGUUUGCCAAGUUUGAUCCGAAGCGCGACCUGAACUCGGCUGUCCGCCAGCAUGACGGAUUCCGCAUUGAUGCUUUCGAUGUGAAGAAGAAGAACUUCAUCUCACGCACUGAUGCCGAUGAAGAGUUCCUUCGCAAGUACGAUGUGGACCGUCGCUCUGUCUUCGUGGGCAACCUGCCCUCUGAGGUCGAUGAGGACGAGAUCAUGGACCUGUUUUCCGAUGUUGGUGAGGUCCUCGAUGCGACCAUUGUCAAGCGAACCAAUGGCGCCGGCGUCACCAAGGCUUUCGGGUUUGUCGAGUUUGCCCGGGCUGACAUGCCGGACCGCGCGGUCCAGAAUUUUAACCAAGCCGUCUUCCGCGGCGAAAUCUUGAGGGUCGAGCGGAAGGUCUUCCGGCAUCUGGGCACUCCUCGCCGUGUCAAGUCCCAGGCGUUCAACAUCAACACGUCAACCACGCCCAAGACACCUGCCCGUGGCCACUUCUCCGCCAAGAAGGAUACUCCCGGCCGUGUUGAGAACGGCUACCCUUACAACCCCAGCCCUCUUGGACAGGCUUUCGUGCCCUUCGGUUACCCUGCUCCGAGCCCCACGGCUCCCGCUGACGGACACCCGAUGUUCAGUGCGGCCGGCAUUCCCAUCACCCCAACGGGCUCCGCGUUCGCGCCCAACCCGUUCACGUACGCUGGCGGCUACUGGCCUGGCAUGUCCAUGGCCCAGGACCCGGUGACUGGUCACACCUUCUACACGUACACUCCGCCGGUCGCCUCAGCCCACGCGGCUCGUGUUCCAGAGACGCCCACUCGUGUUCCGGAGACGCCCACUCGCGUCCGCACCCGUGAGCAUCAUUACCACCACAAGGCUUGAUCAAACAAGCCUCGUGUGUCUUCUCAUCUUUUCACUGUCAGGGUUAACACAACAUCGUUUCGUUCAUCGCUUUGGUCCUCGAUUUUCAUCAUUUUUUUUCUCCUUUCAUCUUCAUUCAUCGGCGGUACAGCACUCGUCGCCAUAAUGUCCGGUC